AAUUAUUUUCAUCGCCAAGGUAAAAAAAAUAGGUAUAUGUAACAUCACCCCAUCAAUUUUUGUCUUCAAAAUAGAGUUUUCCUACGUGAAGAGCUCUCCAAUAUUGACUAGACUUUUCACAGAUAAAUAUCAUAAUGACAAGAUAAGAUUCAGAGAAAAAACCAUUCCUGAGGUUGUCACUGAAUUCUUGUCUGCCUGAAGUCAUGGCCGAAUCACUCAUUGUCGCGGUUGCAGAAUCACUUAUAACGAAGCUCGCUUCUCGAGCUGUCGAACAAGCUUCUUUGGCGUUGGGUGUGUACCAAGAGCUACAGCAGAUGAAAAAGACCAUGGCACUUGUCAAAGCAUUCUUGUUAGACGCUGAGCAAAAGAAGCAGCAGAACAAUGCCCUGAGUGAGUGGCUAAGACAGAUAAGGCAGGUGUUUGCCCACGCGGAAGACAUAGUCGACAACUUUGAAUGCGAAGUGUUGCGGAAUCACGUUGUCAGCUCUCAUGGCAGCUUCUGCAGGAAGGUAUGUCGUUUGUUUUCAACUAGUAAUCCUGUGGUUUACCGUUACAGAAUGGGGCGUGAGAUAAAAGACAUCAAGAAGCAGUUAGAGAAGGUUGCAACUGAUGGCCACAUGUUUGGUCUUCAAAGCAGUGACAAGGAUACAAAGGUUUUGAAUGCGAGGGAAAUGACUCAUUCACAUGUGAAUGUCUCAAAUGUGGUAGGAAGAGAACAUGAUAAGCAGAAGAUAAUAGAGCUUUUGCUGCAAGAUAAUCAUCAUGACAGAAGUCUCUCAGUGAUUUCCAUUGUGGGAUUUGGAGGCUUGGGAAAGACCACUCUCGCAAAGGUAGUGUUCAAUGACACUAGCAUUGAGGAAUGUUUCACUUUGAAGAUGUGGGUGUGUGUCUCUAAUGAUUUCGAACUUAGGAAUGUGCUUAUUAAAAUCCUAAACUCUGCUCCUAACCCCACCAAUGAGAAGUUCAAAAAUUUAGACACGGAUCAACUUCAAAUUCGUUUGAGAAGUAGCCUUCAAAGUGAGAAGUUCUUGCUCGUCUUAGACGAUGUGUGGAACGAGAAUCGUAUUAAAUGGGAUGAGUUGAAGGAAAUCAUAGAGAUGGUAGGUAACAAAGGAAGUAAAAUCUUGGUGACUACUCGUAGUCACUCAAUAGAUGCCAUGAUGCGCACUAAAACCUCUAACUCUUACAUUCUAAAAGGCCUUUCUGAGGAGGAUUCCAUGUCUCUGUUUGUCAAAUCUGCUUUUGAUGAUGGAGAAGGAAAAAACCAUCCAGAGUUAAUGGAGAUUGGGAGACAAAUUGUGAGAAAAUGUGGAGGAAUACCAUUGGCGGUGAGAACCUUAGGAAGCUCACUGUUCUCAAGGGUGGACCGAAAAGAGUGGGAGAAUAUAAGAGACAAUGAAAUUUGGAACUUAAAACAAAAUGAAAAUGAUAUUUUGCCUGCUCUUGAGUUAAGUUAUGAUCAACUACCUUCGCAUUUGAAACGAUGUUUUGCUUGCUUUUCUCUUGCCUCGAAGGACUUUGAUGUUUCUAGUUCUUACGUUGCUCUGCUGUGGGAGGCACUUGGUUUUCUUUCCCCACCAAAGCAAAAUGAAACAACACAUGAUGUUGCUAAUGAAUAUUUGCGUGAGCUAUGGUCAAGAUCUUUUCUCACAGAUUUUCUUGACAUGGGGAGCACAUGCAGAUUUAAAUUACAUGAUUUAGUCCGUGAUCUUGCAGUGUACGUAGCCAAAGGUGAGUUUCAAAUAUUGUAUCCCCACAGUACAAGUAUAUCUGAGCAUGCCCAACACUUGUCAUUCAUUGAAAAUGAUAUGCUUGGCCAAGAUCUCGUUCCCAUGGGUGCAAGAACUAUAAUUUUUCCCAUGGAAGCUACUAAUGAUGCUUUCUUGAAUACGUUGGUAUCCAGGUGCAAAUACCUCAGAGUUCUAGACUUGAGUUAUUCUGAAUACGAGAGUUUGCCUAGCUGCAUUGGAAAGUUGAAACAUUUAAGAUAUCUCAAUCUUUCAGGUAAUAAAAAACUUAAGGGACUCCCAGAUUCCUUAUGCAAACUCCAAAAUUUGCAAACUUUGGACCUAAGAGGUUGCAUAAAGCUGCAAAAUCUGCCCAAAGGAAUAAGAAAGUUAGUCAGCCUUCGUCGGCUGCUUGUAACCACUAGGCAACCAGAUUUUCCAGACAAAGAGAUUUCAAAAUUGGCUUGUAUAGAAACAGUAGAACUCUAUUCUUGUGAUAAUUUGGAGUCAUUGUUCCAAGCUAUACAACCUAGAAGUCUUAAGUUUUUGCAUCUUUCUGGUUGUGGGGGUUUAAAGUCUCUGUCCUUUCAUGUCAUUACAAAUUUAGAGAGUUUGGUUAUCUUCAAAUGCAGUAAGAUGGAAUUGUCAAUGGGCCUUAGCAACCUUAAUUCCAUUCCUGAUUCAAGGUUAAAAUUACUUGUUCUUCAAAGUUUGCCACAGUUGGUCACUUUGCCUGAGUGGUUGCAAGGAUCUGUGAACACACUGCAUUCCUUGUUACUUGUUGACUGCAACAAUCUUGAGGAGCUUCCUGAGUGGCUGUCAACUUUGACCUCUCUCAAACUACUUAUAAUUGAACAUUGUCCAAGGUUGAUCUCACUCCCUGAUAGCACGCAUCACCUACGAAACCUUGAACAUUUGGAAAUCAAUGAUUGUCCUGAAUUAUGCAAAAGAUGUCAGCCAGGAGUUGGACUGGAUUGGCACAAAAUAUCCCACAUCAAAGAAGUUAUCAUUGGUGAACCAGAAGAGUAGAAGGAACUCUUGAAUGACACAGUCAAAAAGUUUAAGUUUGAUUGCAGUGGUGGAAGAUACUAAAAAUAUCAUUUUAGAUCCAUUUCUUCUGUUCAUGCUGCGGUUAGGAGUCAGUACACACAUUAUCUCUCAGUAAGUUCACUUCUGGGAUUCUUUUCAUAUUCUAGUUGUGUUUCACUUUUGUUUAUUUGACAUGUCCUCCAUUUCCAGAUGAUAUAUUAAUUGAAAAAGGUGUUCUUCUGCCUCCUGAGGAUCUAAGACUUUCAGUUUGGGAAGAUUUUUAAAAAGGGUAAUAACUUCUAUCUACACCUUUCCUACUUCUAAUUAGAACCUCCUUCUUCCUAAUUCUCAUAUUUAAACAGCUGAACCUACAUGAUUUUCCUGUCUUGAGAAGCUUUAAAAAUUUGACCUACAAACUCCAGCAGAUUUCUUGCUGGAGGUGGUUGGGCUAAAGAAAUUACCUGAU